AUGUCCUCGCUAUGCGGGAUUCAGAGUGCUAACGAUCGAGUUUUAAAGAGGUCAUUCACUACCGCUACCACACAAUCCAGCGAAGCGGAAGCGGAACGUACAUUAAUAUCAGGGGUGGCCGGAUCGAACUCAAGAAAGUCGAGGCAGCUUUCAGACGGAGGCACUACUCUGCGUUCAAGAAAUCGAGAAUAUUGUCGACAAAACUUUUCGAAAAUGCCUUCAGCAUCAGGUCCCAGAUUAUACGAGAACCACAUGCCUUCAUUCAUGUCGGUAUAUGAGAUGGAUCCGUCCUUGAUGGGUAAUUCAAAGACGCCAGGCCCUGCGAAGGAACCGGCAGACACAUACCAACAACAGCGACUGCUAGAACAGGAAGCACAACUGGGCCAACAAACGACCGAUCAGACAUCAACGAAUCAUAUAGUGUCCAGCAGCAACCAAAUUCACGGUCAUCAACAUUGUGAGAGCACAUCUACCCAGACAUCAGAUUCCACAGACUCUUCCCCUACUACUACUAUAUCAACGGUCGACUCAUCUUCUUUGUCAGAUCCAUCCCCCUCCUCAUCGCCCGAAUCGCCAAUUACUCUAGUCCCCUUAUCGUCGUUUACCGGCUCUUCGUUCGGACUCGACGGUUUCUCAAAUUUGAAGAUGACUGAACUCAAUCCCAUACCAUCCCCUAUGCUUAACGGUCGACCAAUGACAUCUCCUUCCCCAAGAAAAUUCAAGAACCCGAAGAGUCUUGCUCUUAAUUUAGGCAAUCUAAAUCCCACUUCAGAGCAUUUCCAGGCCUCGGAGCCAUCUUCACCCUCUUUUAUCAAACCUCCGCCGCUGAAACCAAGAAAGAAGCCAAGUUUAUUAAGUCUCAAUACAAGUACUGCGAACGCAAACUUAUUAGGUGAUGUUCUCAGGUCACCAAAAUUGCCAUCGAUGUUGCAAAGACGAGGAUUGAAACAUUCUGUCUCAUCCCCACAAAUGCUCAUCACCCCUGGAUUUGGCCCAACUGGAGGUAUGACAUUAGGAGGAGGAGAGCGAAAAGGACUUGGACAAUCUAGACGCAAAGACUCCACUAUUGGGUCCGAUACCACAUUCACCAUCGAUGAAGAUGGAGAUCAAGAGGCUCCAGCGGGAGUUCAAAUGGCAACGAGGCUUCCUGGUGUAACAGUGGGAGGAGACAGUUUCGAUCGACCCAACUCCGGCGAAGACGCCAAAUCGCCUUCAUACCCCCAAGGUCCAAUCCUGAUGUACGAACCUAGUGUCUAUCUUUACAUGGAGCCAAAGGCCGAUGAAGCCAGGGAGUUCGACAUGGUGAUAAAUGUCGCUCGGGAAGUGAAGAACCCAUUCAAGGUUGAAGAAGAGAAGGCUAGGGAGGAACCUAUUACAUACACCAACCUGACCCGUAACCCAAAGCCCAGCAUCGAUUCCCUCGAUAUGGCUCCUGAUACUGGGGCAUCCAUGUUUUCGUUUAGAACGGCUUUUGAAGUGCAGCCACCUUCCACCGAUUCUUCGCCAACGACCCCAAAGGCACCUAACGAGGCCCGCCAACCGGAAUAUAUUCACAUCCCCUGGGACCACAAUACGGAUGUGAAGGACGAACUUUGGGAUCUAUGUGAAACAAUCGAUUCGCGAGUAAAGCAGGGCAAGAAGGUUCUUGUCCAUUGUCAGCAGGGAGCAAGUCGUUCUGCAACUCUUAUCAUCGCUUAUGGCAUGUAUAUCAAUCCGGAUCUAGGGGCAACCGAAGCAUACAAAAUGGCACAAGAAAAGUCGAAAUGGGUCAAUCCCAAUAUGUCUCUCCUUUUUUCGUUGAACGACUUCAAGAAGAUCAUUGACCAAAAGAGGAACGACAAGUCCACCACUCUUCGAAAACCCACCGUUAAGCACCGACCUACCCUGUCGGCAGAUAUCUCUGAGCCACCGUCUACCCCGUCCCGUAUCCGUGGCAAUUCGACUCCAAGCGCGUCGGCCAGAGAUUCUGCGAUUUCCAAUGCCAAGGAGGCUCGCGAGCUACCUGCUAGUGAAUCGAUUGCCUCUAGAUAUUCGGAUUUUGAUUUUGGAUUCACCAGUGCUACUUUGGAUAGUCAACCGAGGUUCCACCAGGAAUCAACUCCCGCAACCGAUUGGGAUUCCCUUAUGUCACCGCGCGUUUCUGAGAUGACUCAGAAUCCCCUGCUGGGCCUCGGAUUUGGAGGAGCUUCUGUUGGAGAAGUCCCGCCAACUCCAGCCCUCUUCUCACCUCGGGCCAUGGAAUUCCCACGUUCAUCAUUCUUCCCAACUACUUCACCGCCCCAGCGAAUUCCCCUGGCUGUCGAUGAGGAUCCCCGCAGUCCUCCGACUAAGGGUGAGGUGCCAAUCAUUCGAUCAAUCAACGAUUUCUUAUGA